CUUUAUGACUUGCAGCAAACCGGAGAAUGCAUUCAAUCAAAUGAACCGAUCUUGUAGAAACACUGGAAUCAUUUAUGCAUUGCAGUUUCUCUUUCUUGUUUUCGCUCCUUCUUUCCUGGGAUAUUUUGAGUGGAUUGUGGCUAUUAAUCAAGAUUUCGUGCUAUUCGUGGUUCGCUUGUCGUUUUCGGUCAGGAUUAGCAUCAUUCAAGGCAAACGCAAAGCUCCUUUUUUUCCCCCACUCUUUUCUGAAAAAUCAUUUUUGGGGGCUGCUGAAGAGAGCUAGGACCCAGGAGACACCUUCCCAAACAGCAGGGGUUGUGUGCUUUCACACAGCAGUACUGUACAAGGAAAACCCCGUCGGAUCUGUUAUUGCGGGAUACUUGUGAAAUAUACAUAGGAUUCUUUCUUAUGGCUGCAUCCCGGAUCUGGAAAUUUUACUUGGAGACCAAGAGGAUCUGAAGGGCUACAUGCAUACAGAAGAUUUGCAAGCAAGACUCCGAUUCUUGUCAUAGAGCUCUCAGACUUCCUCACUUACCGGCCUUUUUUCCCCGUUCUCCUUCUUUUUUUUUUUUUUUAAUUAAAUUUCUUCCCUCUUUUCCUGGUCUCUCCUUUCUCAGUGUCUCCUUUUCUAUCUGCCUCUUCUUUUUUCUCCUAGUCGUCUUUUUCCCCCCUGCUCUGCACCUGGAUUGUAUCUUCACCAAACAAUCGGGCACUUUGAGAACUAACUGGAGGCAGUCUUGUAGGGAAGAGCUGUAUGGAAUUAUCUGCUUUUAUGGUGAACUUGGCAUUUGUGAAUGGGUAUCUUGUUCACAAUAUUAAUUGCUAGCAAAAGCAAGAAAAAGAACACAGGAGUAAAACGUGGAUUUUUCUGAAUACGCAUUGUGAUGACCAGCAAUUACCUUACCGACUGAUAUCCAGAGGAGAAUAAUUUGGAAGACUGUUGUGGGGAACAGCCUUUAAAAGCUGGAAGAUGAAAGCUCUGAUUCCACACUUGAUUCUCUUAUAUGCUACUUUUACUCAGAGUUUGAAGGUGGUGACCAAAAGAGGCUCUGCCGAUGGAUGCACUGAUUGGUCUGUCGAUAUCAAGAAAUAUCAAGUUUUGGUUGGAGAGCCUGUUCGAAUCAAAUGUGCCCUCUUUUAUGGUUAUAUCAGAGCAAAUUACUCCCUGGCCCAAAGUGCUGGACUCAGUUUGAUGUGGUACAAAAGCUCUGGCCCUGGAGACUUUGAAGAGCCAAUAGCCUUUGAUGGAAGUAGAAUGAGCAAGGAAGAAGACUCCAUUUGGUUCCGACCAACACUACUGCAGGACAGUGGUCUUUACGCCUGUGUCAUCAGAAACUCCACUUACUGUAUGAAGGUAUCCAUCUCACUGACAGUGGGCGAAAAUGACACUGGACUCUGCUACAAUUCCAAGAUGAAAUACUUUGAUAAAGCUGAACUUAGCAAAAGCAAGGAAAUUUCAUGCCGUGACAUAGAAGAUUUUUUACUACCAACCAGAGAACCUGAAAUCCUAUGGUAUAAGGAAUGCAGGACAAAAACAUGGAGGCCAAGUAUUGUGUUCAAAAGAGAUACACUGCUUAUAAGAGAAGUCAGGGAAGAUGACAUUGGAAAUUACACCUGUGAAUUAAAAUAUGGAGGCUUUGUUGUGAGAAGAACUACUGAAUUAACUGUUACAGCCCCUCUGACUGAUAAGCCACCCAAGCUUUUGUAUCCUGUGGAAAGUAAACUGACAAUUCAGGAGACUCAGCUGGGCGACUCAGCUAAUCUAACCUGCAGAGCUUUCUUUGGGUACAGUGGAGAUGUCAGUCCUUUAAUUUACUGGAUGAAAGGAGAGAAGUUUAUUGAAGAUCUGGAUGAAAAUCGAGUUUGGGAAAGUGACAUUAGAAUUCUCAAGGAGCAUCUCGGGGAACAGGAAGUUUCCAUCUCAUUAAUCGUGGACUCUGUAGAAGAAGGUGACUUGGGAAAUUACUCCUGUUACGUUGAAAAUGGAAACGGACGUCGGCAUGCCAGUGUUCUCCUUCACAAACGGGAGUUGAUGUACACAGUUGAACUUGCUGGAGGGCUUGGUGCUAUCCUUUUGCUGCUUGUUUGUCUGGUGACCAUCUACAAGUGUUACAAGAUAGAAAUCAUGCUCUUCUACAGGAAUCAUUUUGGGGCCGAGGAGCUGGAUGGAGACAAUAAAGAUUAUGAUGCCUAUUUAUCAUACACCAAAGUGGAUCCUGACCAGUGGAAUCAAGAGACUGGAGAAGAAGAACGCUUUGCUCUUGAAAUCCUACCUGACAUGCUUGAAAAGCAUUACGGAUAUAAGUUGUUUAUACCAGACAGAGAUUUAAUCCCAACUGGAACCUACAUUGAAGACGUGGCGAGGUGUGUAGAUCAAAGCAAGAGGCUGAUUAUUGUCAUGACCCCAAACUACGUAGUCAGAAGGGGCUGGAGCAUCUUUGAGCUGGAGACCAGACUUCGAAACAUGCUGGUAACUGGAGAAAUCAAAGUGAUACUCAUCGAAUGCAGUGAACUACGAGGGAUUAUGAACUACCAGGAGGUGGAAGCCCUCAAGCACACCAUCAAGCUCCUGACGGUUAUUAAAUGGCACGGACCAAAAUGCAACAAGUUGAACUCUAAGUUCUGGAAACGUUUACAAUAUGAAAUGCCUUUUAAGAGGAUAGAACCCAUUACACACGAGCAGGCUUUAGAUGUUAGCGAGCAGGGGCCUUUUGGGGAGCUGCAGACUGUCUCGGCCAUUUCCAUGGCCGCGGCCACCUCCACAGCUCUAGCCACUGCCCAUCCAGAUCUCCGUUCCACCUUUCACAACACGUACCAUUCACAAAUGCGUCAGAAACACUACUACCGAAGCUACGAGUAUGACGUACCUCCUACCGGCACCCUGCCUCUUACCUCCAUAGGAAAUCAGCAUACCUAUUGUAACAUCCCUAUGACACUCAUCAACGGGCAGCGGCCACAGACAAAAUCGAGCAGGGAGCAGAAUCCAGAUGAGGCCCACACAAACAGUGCCAUCCUGCCGCUGUUGCCAAGGGAGACCAGUAUAUCCAGUGUGAUUUGGUGACAGAAAAGCAAGGGACACCCCGUCCCUGGGAGCUUGAGUGGAGUCUGCAGUCCAGUGCCUGGAACUAAAUCCUCGACUGCUGCUGUUAAAAACAUGCAUUACAAUCUCUAGAACACGAGGAAAAACAGGGUCUUGUACAUAUGUUUUUGGCAAUUUCUUUGUAGCAUCAGUGUCUUCCUGUUUUACCAUGUCUCUUAUCAUUACAUUUUUUGACUUUGUUUUAUAUGUCAUUGGAAUUUGUAAAUUUACAUUUUUUUAAAGAAGAGACUUAUGUAUAGAUAGAAAACCCUUUUUUGCUUCAUUAGUUUAGUUUUAGAAUGGGUUUUAUUUUCUUUCCUUGCUUUUCUUUUGCUUUUAACAUUUCCUUGGGGUGCUUGGACAAAUCUAUCCGAUGGGACAAGGAGCACCGGAUCCUCUCUUGGGUUCUGCCUGGGAUCAGCAGGGCCGUGUGGGCCUCCGGAGAGCAGUGCAACGAAUGCGGGCCUUGCCAUUUGGGGAAAACAAAAAAAAAGAUAAGAAGAACACUCGUUCACAGGAGGGCCCCGCCGAUCAGAGCCCUGAAUCUCUUCCUUGUCCCACCUCAUUCCCCACCUCUACCCUUCUAAUGGCGGCAUGAUGUGUAAACUCUGAGGGGUGGGGGUGGGUCUAACUGUCUUAACGUUUAAUUCACUGCUCGUCAGAAUACACUCCAGACCCAGAAGUGUGCUAGUCACUUGACAGUGACCACUACAGAGCGCUCAGAAGAGAAGAUCAAGGGCAUGAAAAUGGGGGAGAGAGUGUUGUUUCUGUUUUUAAAUGAGUUGAUGUACCCUUAUAUAAAUAUAUAUAUAUAUAUAAAACACACACACAACAAAACAAAAGAAACAAAAGACAAAAAACACACAAAAAAAAACAAAAAACAAAACAAAAAAAAAAAAAUCAAGCCCUAUAUUUGAUCACUUCCUGGAAAGGCAUGAAUGUGUUUGUGGCUGUUUUUGUUUAAUAUUCUACUUCCUCUUUUCCCUCUAUAAUUUUUCUGCAAAUGAGAUUAUGUGCAAAUGCCAGGCAAGUUAACUCAAAAGGGUGAAUCAACACCAGUCGAAAUGAAAUUUACAUUGAAGGCUUCCAAACCAAAGGGAAGGACAGGAUGUGUCAUCAAAUAUGUUUUGUCACCUUGUAUGAUACAAAAUGUUAUUUUCUAAAGAGUCAGAACAGAUCUGUGAAACUUAUUAUGGGGUCCCCUUGUAUUUAAAUGUUAAUUCACUGUAUUUAAUUUUUAAUGCUACAUUCAGAAUCAAGUGUUCGGUUUCAGUUUGUGAACAUAAGCAACGCUUAUUACUAUCGAAGUGUUUAUAGAAGAACUCAGGAGGUCAAGCAUAUGAGUACCAACAGAAAUCGAUAUUUUCAAAAUAAACAUUAUUUACGCAAAAUAGUUUUUAAAUUAGAUGAGAAAGUGUUUAAAAUAAUUUUACUGUAUAAAUAAUUAGUUUUAUUUUAACUGUGUAAUUCUAUCUUUCAGAAACAGAAAGCUGAUGCUCCCAAGAAAUUCAUCCCUUACCGUUUAGCUUUAUGUUUGAAACCAAUGGCAUAAGCAGCUAAUACAAUAUUCAUGGUGAAGAUAAUGCAAAAUCAAUCAUCAAGGAACUUGCAGAGGGUGGAAUUGUUAAAGGGAAAUAUUACCUACGUAGCUUUUAGUUAACAACAAAAAAAUCGAUGUGCCGAAAACACGAAUAUAGAACUACGUUACUUUAGUGACUCCUUGUAGAAACCUCCAUUCCAGUCAUCGUCUGUGGGCUCGUGUAGUGACUGUCGUAUGUUCGGUUUAUUCCUACCACCAUAUAACGAGAAAACAAUUCUACAGUGUGGGUCGCAAUACUAAAGGUGUGAGUUGGCCACAAAAAAAAAAAAAAAAAGGAAAAGAAAAAGUGUAAACUUCGAAAGAGUUCAUUUGGGAGGGUAAGAUCGAAUUGCAAAUGUAUGAGAUGAGCCUAAGAAUUCUGCAACAAGGCAAAGGUCUCAGUAUUUGUGUGACAAGGUAAAGGAGCCCUGGGAUGUGCAGUGCUUUUUAUUUGCUUUAAAAUGUUUAUUUCCCUGACAAGUCACCCAGGGUCCUUCUCUCCAAUCUGUUCUUCAUUCCCAUGCUCCCCUUGGACCUGUGUCACUUUUUCACAAAGCAGAACGGAAGCUGCAAGGACACAUAUACUUUGUCAGCUUUGCACAUUGGGUUAUUUUCAGAAUCCAAGAAGGCCAUUGUUUCCUUUGUACUAUGGACACCUGUCAGGGACUGGUGCCAGUGAACCUCACUGGCCUGGAUUCCACACUCCCCCAGUGCUCAGAAAACUGCAAACAUGGCAAUGGCCUGGUUGAUUUCUUUGUUUUUUAAUUUUUCUUAAGUGCACGAUGGAAGUGUAUAGAGGAAGUAAUCAGACCACAGUCAUAUUUUAGGCAUCCAUAGGUGUUAAUUUAGCUGCAUCGGGAGUACAUUUUUUGUUCUAUUUUUAGUGUAGAUUUAAGCACUUUGAAUAGCAUGAUUCAGGGAUUGAUGGGUAAUAUUUGAUAUUCUCACAACUUAAGAAACUUUUCUUUCCUCUAAUGCUUUGUCAUAUUUUUUAAAAAGAAAACAAAUGGAGAAGAAGCUAUCUAUGGCUUUAGUAACAUUCCUCCCAAGUAUUCCUCUAUCAGCUCCGUGUGAGAACAACUGAAGGAUGCUGUCAUGUGUUCACGUGCUCUAUGUUUAAUAAAAGUUAUGUUAGAACUCACAAUAAAAAGAGAACAAAUGUAUUUUCCCUAGUGCUUAGGUUUCAUCCUUCUCUUUUUUCGGUGGGCACCGUGGGGAAUGAGAACAUCCUAGUUGUAAAAAUACAGUUGAAGGUGUGAAUAUGUUAGCCAGGCUGAGGGAGAGAAUGGGCUUCUGGACUUGGACACAUGUGAUGUUUGAUAUUGCCUGUUUUUCAUCAUUCACUGCUCGGGCUCCGAGUGACACGUUAUGGAUUCAAAGUCCAUCUGGUUCUUUAAUGUAAACUCUACUUGCUGCCUAUGAGCGUCCUACCCUGUAUACUGGUGCUCAAAUCUUCGAGUAUUUAAUUUGUAUUUCAUUCCUUAGAUUUCCUAUGAGCAGAGCGGAAAUUUGUAUCUCCUGCAGCCAAUUGAUUUAAGUUUAGAUCAAUUCUGUGAAAUAAAUCUAAGACAUGAUGAGUUAAGAGUCCUGAACCUACUAUAUCUCUGUAGCUGAACACCUGAUUGUUCCAAGAGUCAACCAUUUUUGGUUUAUUACUUUCUUCAUAAUCUAUAUAUUUGAACCCUAUCGACCUAAUCUUCCAUAUCGGACACGCUUCUUCCUUAUUUCAUUAUUUAGCAUUUUAUAACGAGAGCAAAUAUUAACUCAGAGCCAAUCCCUAAACUCUAAGUGAGUUUUGUUUAUCCUAGAAUAGUCAUUAACUUUGACAGAUACCAUUUAUGUAAAUUAAGAUCACCAUCUCUAGGAAGACAUGAAUUCAUAUGUUUGUAAAUUAUGCUCUGAUUCUGGAAUGAUACCAUAGUUCUCCUUUUUCCAAGAAGUAUUUUUUUGCAUCUUGUGCUUCAUUUCUUCUUUUUUUUUCUAUUUACCUUAAGUUUGUCCUUAGUCUCAGAAGAAAGCUUAGUGAGAUCCAAAGGAGACCAUCGCUGUUGCACAGGUGAAAUGACUGAAUGGAAUAAGAGAAUACGCAGGCACGGAAGAGGAAAACCCCUUACUGUCUCUGAUCUGAAUGUCCUCGGCCAUCAUUCCCAUCCUUGUCGUAGUUGAUUCCGAAAGGUGAAAUAUUAUUAAAUGGGUUAGAAAUCCCACCUACGGGCACCUAUUCCCUAUCACUGAACAACAUUUUUAACAGUACCUCCAGCAUUACAAAGAGGUGAUGAAGCAACUGACUUCCCUAACAGGAGGGGCGUGUCCAUGGAAGCAGAGCUGUCUCUCGCUUUAUGCUGAGCACUUCCCACUUUAUUAUUCUGAGCAAAGAAAGUCGUUGAUAGCCAAAUUUUGAUUAUCCUUGUCAACAGACCUUAAACUUAGGUUCACGGACACUUUGAGUCCAUAAAAAGGAUUGAAGGAAAUAAUGAAGGCCUUGAGAUUCCGGACAAAAUGGUGAAUGUGUGCAAAACUGGGUUUUCCCGGAUGUGUGUCUCAAAGACAUCCGGCUUCUGAAAAGCUAUUGAUGUUUGGAUUUAGGGCAUAGUCUCAGAAACUGUCAUUGGCGUAAAGCAUCUAUCUUGCCAGCUUUGCUAUGCCUACUAUUCCUCACCUUCAUUCAUGGCAGUUCAGGGAAUGAUUCCCGUUCUUUUAACAAACGGAGGCAGUUCCUCUCCCAACGUGACCAGACUUUGUGGGAGACUUGGUCUAUCGUGAGAACAAAAUGGGUAGGACGGCAAGUAAUUUGUGCCCGGAGAAAUGAGAAUUGACUCGAUUACUCUGAUCGUUUACUCAUUUCCUAAGUUACUCAAAAGAUAGUUUUGGAGGAAUGUGAAACGUGACUUGGCAUGAUGCCUUAUUUCUUGAAACUCCUUUAUGAUUUGAGUUGACUCAUGUUUCCCACAGCAAAACAAAGAAGAAAUAGUCCGGUACCAGAGUAAAAGAAACAAUCAUUUGACGUGUUUUUCCAAAGAGACUUCAUUUCCUUGUGCCAGGAUUUAGAAUUGGUUAUACGCUUGAUUUUCAGCAAUUGUGCUUUUGCCAGUUUCAGGAUUUAAGAUAUGACUUUGGAGCAAUAUGAUGAAUGUUAAGAAAUCGACUGAAGUGAGGUGGUGAUUUAGUUUUGCUUUUUACUCAGGACUGGCAGUGAGGUGAAAGUUUGUGCUAUUUUAAUAAUGACGAUACUGUCACAACGAGCUGUACGACCUGAGUUUGAGUAAAGAGAAGGAGGAGGAUGAUGACGAUGAUGAUGAGUUAAUCUCAGUCCUAAUCUCGUGUGUCUUUUCAUCAUCAGACUUCAGUCAUGCAUUAGAAAAUGCCCUAAGAAGGGACUCAGUUCUCAUCUUCCAUCGACUAUCAUUUCUUUAUUCCAGUCUCACAAUAGAAAACAUCUCUCUAUUACAGACAAGUAAGAUAUAUAAAAAGAACAUUCUCCUCCUGCCCUUUAGUAAAUGUCCCUCUGAGUAGUCUCUGAGUCCACUGACAAACUCCUCUUUCUGAACUGUUCAUUGUAUUUAGUGAAGUAAGGCAUUGUUGUUUUCCUACCAUUCACUGCAUUCAUUGAUGCGUCCCCCCGGGUCCACAAGCCUGAAAAGUAUUCUCUUUCUUAACAAAGGCAAUCACUCUAAAUCAUUACACUGUGUUCCCUCCACUACUAAAUGAAUAGAAACCGAAGAACUGCACAUGAACUUGAGACUAUUAUGUGUAAUAUUGAUGUUGUGUAAAUUUCAAUCUUCAUAGUCCAGAUAACCUUAAGUUUCAAAGGGCAUGCUGGUCAUUAAAAAAAAAAAAAAAGAUUUAAUGUAAAAUGACAUAUUACAUAGUGCAUGAACAUGUGGCAAAGUAAUUUGGAUCUAUCCUUACUAGUCAAUGAGAGACUAAAUUUGGGGAGAUCAGCUGUGAGUGUUUUAGGUUAAUUCUCACCUGGGAUGAAGACAUCUUUAUGUUAGGAUACAUGGACCGUUGUCCAAAUUCCUUGCAGCAUAUGCUCCUGGUAACUAGAAUUUUUAGUGUGUUCUUUCCGCCAAAGUAGUGGAGAUAUGUUCAUAUAACCUGCUAUCGAAUUGUAAAAACUUUUACAUUUUCAGAGUUUGAGGGAACCCAAGUAGGAAAGUGAAUUUAGUCAUUUUCCUCUGCUGGUGUUCAAGUCAAAUUUUAAACUCAGACACUCUCAGAUAUGUUCAACAGUCAGUAAAAAGUGCAUUUUACAUAGUGUUUCCCUUUAGUUUUGCCUACCCUCUUUGAUUUUGUACAAUCUAGAAUGUAUGUAACUCACGCGUAGGUGAUGGAGGCGCUCUUUUUUUUUUCUUAGAAUACUUACAACUAUAUAUUUGGUUUUGCUUUGACUAGCAAUAGGAAAAUAGACAAAUACACGUGUAAAAAUGAGAAAUUUUAAACUUGAAUUAUAAUUUGUGUUUUAUAGUCGUUUCAUAAGUCUGUUGCUCUCUAUGAGUAUGCUCUCUAUAUAUCCUGUAAAAAUAAAUUUAUAUGUUACAUAGAAAUUCAAGAAAUUAAAUUAUUUAUUAAGCUACAAAUGUUUCUUCUGGUUUCUACCUGAUUAUAGCUGAAAAUAAAUUAAAUAAUGUGUUGUUGGAA